AUGCUCUCCAUUUUUCACCUGAGAAAACAACAGAAAAAUGUGUACCCCUGCUCCGUUACUCUGUCGUCUCUCCUCCUGCUGCUACUACACCUCACGGCGUCGCAUUCCGGCGCCGGGCCCCUCAUCGCCGAUGUCAACAUACUAUUGCCUCCCAAAGUGACUCGCCGGUGGAGUACAGACUUCAGGGCAGCGACGGUUGCUUCAAAUGAGCUUAAUUCAAGUAGCCAUUGCUCGACAAGUGCUCGAUUAAAGUCCAUCGCACCUUAUGACGGGCGGCAGGAGACUGCCGUUUAUGCAACUGAUUUGAAUACUGGGACCGUGAUUAGGUGCAAGGUUUAUAUUGAUAUGAUACCGAGGAUUCAGAUAUUUCAUAACUCCAUCAAGCUGGAUCUUGACGGGCUUGCUACUCUGCGUGUGUGUGCCUUUGAUGAAGAAAAUGUCUUCUCCUCCUUGGUGGGCCUGCAGUUCAUUGGGCAAUUGAUGCCAGAAUCUCAUGGAGUUUCUGAUAAUCUCAUGCAUCUACCUUUGAAGGAUUCUCCACUGAGAGAUUGUGGCGGCUUGUGUGGUGACCUUGAUAUCCAAGUAAAGCUCGAAGAAAGUGGUGUGUAUUCGGAUUUGUAUGUAGUGAAAGGCAUUGAGAUUGGCCAAGAGAUUGUUUCUGUUAAUUUGCUAGAAGACUCACUGGAGCACUUAGCUGACAAAAUUGUUCUCACAGUUGCCGAAGCAAUGUCCCUAGAUCCCCCAUCACCUGUGUAUGUCCUCGUUGUAGCUCAGAUGGAAAGUGCAUUGGGUACAGUUCAUGCAGUGAACCUUGGGGUAACUGCAGUUGUUGUUGAGGACACCAGGGUUGUUGGACACAUGCAAAUAUCGUCUCUGCAUGUGGUCGUACCCAAUAAUUUGUUGUUAUAUAUGUCUCCUCUCUUUCUUUCUGGAGGUCAAAUUGAUGUUGUCGAGCCCAUUCCAUCUGUAUCACGUUGGUAUGUUGUGUCUGGUCGCCUGUAUCUCAUUCGUGUUAAGGUUUUCUCGCCAGUUCCUAGGGCGCACGAUUUUAUUACCGAAAGUGAUGUAAUAGAGCUUCAUGAUAACGGUGAUGAAUUCUGGAACAUAGUCCCACUUUCAGAACAUGAGGAUGUUAUUGCCGAGAAGAAUUGUAGAGUUCUAAACGCAAAUUCAUAUGGACUGGGGAAACUUAUUGCAACUUUGUCUUACAGCUCUGGGCAUGAUACGUGGAAAGAAGUUGUCAAAGUAGUUCAAGAUGUCAUGGUUUGUGAUCCGGUUCAAUUCAAUAUGUUGGGAAACAGAAAUGUUUCUGACAGAAUUUUCCUCCCAUGGGUUCCUGGUGUCCAUCAGGAGCUGGAGCUUAAAGCUAAAAAGCCUGGAAAAGCAAUUGUUAGAGCCGUGACCAUAUUUGAUUCAUUGAAUUAUGACGAGCUGGUUAUUGAAGUUUCCAUUCCUCGUUCGAUGGUUAUGCUGCCUAACUUAUCUGUAGCGAUGCCCUUCGGGUCCCAUCUUCAAGUGUUUUUGACAUUGAAAGCAUCACAUGGUGCUUAUUACUAUGCUUGUGAUGCAUUCAGGUCAUCUGUAAGAUGGAGUACCAAGAGUGAUUCUUUUGUAGUUGUCAAUGCGACUGAGGAAUUUUUUGUUAUAGACCAAAAAGAAGCCACUGAACUUCGUUCCUUGUCGUUUGGUCCUCCAUGUGCAUGGACCCGCAUAUAUGCUACGAAUCCCGGCCGCUCUUUAGUAUACGCAACAUUAAUCAGAGAUAAUCUACAAUCUGACCAAGUUGGUUGGGAAUCAAUUGCCUUGAAAGCAUCCUUGAAUAUUGCUGCAUUUUCACCACUCGUUGUGCAUCGGGCAAGUGACGGGAACCAGUUUGGUGGCUACUGGUUUAAUUUGGCUCAUGCUGAAUCUCAUAAUCAGCUGCAUAAUUUGGAUCACUUGUAUAUUGUGCCCGACACUCAAGUAGAUGUUAUGCUUCUUGGGGGGCCAGAAAGAUGGGGUAAGGAUGUUGAAUUCAUUGAAAAUGUACAAGUUCUGAACGAACAGACUUCUUCUUUGAAAAAUGCUAUUUCCAUUGACCAAUCAACCAGCUUUGGUAAUCCAUACAAAAUAGGAUGUGGUAGUUUGGGAACCUUCAGGCUUGUUUUCAGCCGUGGCAACUUAAUCGGGGAGGACCAUCGUUUGCCUGUUGUAUCAGAAGUGAAGUUGUUGCUCGUGUGUAGUUUCCCAGCUUCGAUUGUAAUAUUGGCUGAUGAAGCUUUUAAUGCUCUUCCAGCUAUAAAGUCCGCUGCUCAGGCUGAACAUUCGGUUGAAGGAAUUCGGGUUCCCCCAAUUACAGUAGCCAAUGGACGGAAGAUAAGAGUGUCAGCUGUUGAGGCCGGCCUCAGUAAUUCUAGAAAUGCUUUCGCAAAUUCAUCUUCACUCAGCCUCGGCCUUCGUCACUGCAUCCCUAGUGGCAUCUGCCGCCUGCCCCACUGCCGCCACCACAUCUCUGCGCUGCCGCCGGCCACCGCGGCCUCCGCCCUCUCCAUUGCAGCCCGCACCAGUUUUGAAGAUGCAGAGUGUUGUCGACAACUCCCUUUGCAACAACCGUUGCCGACCGUGUGUCUGCUGCUGCAUUCAUUGCACGUGAAAAAGGGUUACUCACCGCUCGUGAAAGUCUUGCGCCUAUAUGUGGCGUUCCAAUUCGCAGAGGUGGUUGAAGCACAGAGGAGGGCUGUCAAUGACGCGGUCGAAGCGGUGUACCGUAAACUUUCACGGAUGGUGAGUAACCUUUUUUCACGUGCAAUGAAUACAACAGCAGACACACGGCCGGCAACGGUUAUUGCAAAGGGAGGUGCCGACAACACUCUGGCAUCCGCAAAAUUGGUACGGGAUGCAAUGGAGAGGGCAGAGGCCGCGGUGGCCGGCGGUAGCACAGAUGUGGUGGCGGCAGUGGGGCAGGCGGUAGAUGACGCUAGGGAUGCAGUGGCGAAGGCCAGGCUUGGGUGA